AACAAAUGGGAAUAGAAAAUUUAAUAAUUUUAAGUGACUUUGACUAAACAAUAACUGGUUUCGGGACUAAAGAAGCUCCUUAGCCUGCUUCUUUUGGCAUCAUAAGGAAAAGCAAACAUGUUUCUCCUAAUUUUAAUGUAGAAUUAACCAGAUUAUUCGAAAAAUAUCAACCUUAUGAGCAUAAUAUGACCAUUGAUUAAAAUUUGAAAUUAUAAAUGAUCGAAGAAUGGAAUUGUUUAGUUUAAAAAAUCUUUAAUGAAGAAAAGAUAAGUAAAUCAUAGAUCAAUGAUAGUCUUAAUGUCAGUAAUUUACGAAUUAGGUAUUUUUUUAAAGAACUUAUAGGCUAAUGUAAGGAAAUUAAUCUUCCUUUUUAUAUAAUUUCUGGAGGUUUAUCUCCCAUAAUUGCAUCUUGUAUGGAAGAACUAGUCGGAAACCCCUAAGAAUACCCAAAUCUAUUUAUUUUUUGUAAUGAAGGUUAUUUUAACGAAGAAGAAAAACUACAUAAAAUCAAUAUGGUAGUAAAUACAAAUAGCAAAUAGCUUUUAGUUUCGAAAAAAUAAUUCAAUUUGAGGAAAAAUGUAUUCCUUUUUGGGGAUUAUCAACAUGAUAUUUUUAUGAAAAAAGACACAGAGUGUGAAAACGCAGUUUGUGUGAUGUUUGUGAGAGAAAAUUUGGAUUAAAAUGAAAUUUCGGUUCUAAAAAAUGAAUGGGAUGCUUUAAUUGUUGGGGAAGGGAAUUUUAUUUUGCAUUAAAUGUUGUUAAAUUUCGUUAGUGGAGGCUAGUUUUUUAAUUUUUAGGAAGAAUUUAAUUAAGAAGAAUAGAAUCUUUAGGAAAUUAAGGAUAUUAUAUUUAAAUGAAUUUUUUAUCUUUUUUAUUUGAGAGUGUAUAUUAAGAAAGGAAUUUUC